CGGCGUCAUGGCGGCCGUGGAGAGCUUCGUGAGCCGCCAGCUGGAGCUGCUGGAGCAGGAGCGGGAGGCGGAGCUGCAGGAGAAGAGGGCCUGGCAGGAGAGCGUCUCCCCGAAGGAGCUGCAGCGCCGGGGGGUCUGCCUGCUAAAGCUGCAGGUAGCGAGCCAGCGGACAGGGCUGUAUGGAAGGCUGCUCGUGGUUCUGGAGCCCAGAAAAUGGGACCCUGGGGCCACCCUGCCCUGCAACAGCUUCGGGCCUGGUGACAUCGUGGGGUUGUACGAGAGCGCUCACGAGGCGGCCCCUCUGCUUGCCACCGGCAUCCUCACGCAGAUCACGCAGCGGUCUGUGACCGUGGCCUUUGACGAAUCCCAGGAGGGCGCGCUGGCUGUGGAUCCGGGCGGCCUCUACCGGCUGCUCAGGCUGGCCAAUGACAUCACGUAUAAGCGGCUCAGAAGAGCUCUGAACGCCCUAAACCAGUAUCACGCGGGUCCGGCCGCGCCUCUCAUCGACGUUCUCCUCUGCGCUUCUGAGCCGAGCAGUCCGGCUCCAACACAACCGCUGACGUUCUGCAACGGCUCCCUGGACACAUCACAGAAAGAGGCCGUUGGCUUUGCCCUGGCCCAGAAAGAGCUGGCCAUCAUCCACGGCCCACCUGGCACCGGCAAGACCACGACAGUGGUGGAGAUUGUGCUGCAAGCCGUACGACAGGGUCUGAAGGUCCUGUGCUGUGCCCCUUCCAACAUUGCUGUGGACAACCUGGUGGAGAGGCUGGCUGCGCAGAAGCUGAGGGUCCUCCGCCUCGGGCACCCUGCGCGCCUUCUGGACGCCAUCCAGCACCACUGCCUCGAUGCGGUCUUGGCCCGCAGUGACCAGGCCCAGAUUGUGGCGGAUAUCCGGAAGGACAUUGACCAGGUGAAAAGCAAGAAGACCCUGGAGAAGAGAGACAAUAGCUAUGGUCGCAGUGAGCUCAAGCUGCUGAGGAAAGAGCUGAGAGAGAGAGAAGAAGCCGCCAUGCUCAGAAGCCUCUCUUGGGCUGAUGUCAUCCUGGCCACAAACACGGGCGCAUCCUCUGAUGGCCCGUUGAAGCUGCUCCCUGACGAUCACUUUGAUGUGGUGGUGAUCGACGAGUGUGCUCAGGCCUUGGAAGCCAGCUGUUGGAUCCCCCUGCUGAAGGCCAGAAAGUGCAUCCUGGCUGGAGACCACCAGCAGCUGCCCCCCACCAUCGUGUCCCACCAAGCUGCCAAAGGGGGUCUGUCCCUCAGCUUGAUGGAGCGCCUGAUUGAGAGCCACGGGGAGAGGGUCGUGAGAAUGCUGACGGUCCAGUACCGCAUGCACCAGGCCAUCAUGCAGUGGGCCUCGGAGGAGCUGUACCGCGGACAGCUCACUGCCCACCCCUCAGUGGCCGGCCAUCUUCUGAAGGACCUGCCAGGGGUCACUCCCACAGGAGAGACGAGCAUCCCCCUGCUGCUCGUCGACACUGCCGGCUGUGGCCUGUCGGAGCUGGAGGACGAGGAUGAGCAAUCCAAGGGGAACCCAGGUGAGGUCCGGAUUGUCAGUUUGCACAUCCAGGCGUUGGUGGACGCUGGAGUCCGAGUAGGUGACGUCGCUGUCAUUGCUCCCUACAACCUGCAGGUGGACCUGCUCAGGCAGCAGCUUUCCCCUAAAUAUCCACAACUGGAGAUCAAAUCUGUAGAUGGUUUUCAAGGAAGAGAGAAGGAGGCGGUCAUCUUGUCCUUCGUGCGAUCCAACCGGAAGGGUGAGGUCGGUUUUCUGGCGGAGGACCGAAGGAUCAACGUGGCGGUCACUCGUGCCCGGCGCCACGUCGCCAUUGUCUGUGAUUCCCGAACCAUCAGCAACGACGCCUUCUUGAAGAAGCUGGUGGAUUAUUUCACUCUGAGAGGCGAAGUCCGCACAGCCUUCGAGUACCUCGAUGACAUUGUCCCCGACAAUUACUCCCACGAAGGCUCUCGGGGCCCUGGCCGGGCGGGCAGGAAGCCCAGGGACCCCGCUCAGCCCGGCCCCAGACCAUGCCAGGAAAGCCAGGAGGCCCGAGGGGCCCGGAAGUCCGGCAGAAGCAGGCCCACACCAGAGGGCCCCGGGGUCAGGGGUGGGGGCCGGCCUGAGGGCACUGGGGACCUCUUCAGAGCCAUGAUCGUGGACUUCCUGGAGAGCACCAGGACCCUGCUUGAGUUCCCCACGUCCCUGAAUGCCCAUGACAGGAUGCUGGUCCAUCAGCUGGCCGAGGAGCACGGGCUAAAGCACGAGAGCAUUGGCGAAGGGAAGGAGAGAUACAUCUCUGUGCACAAAAAGGGAGCCCCCACCACAGCUACCGCGGCCACCACUCCUACUGCCACUGCCACCCCUGCCACGGCUGCCGCUACCACCACCCCUGCUGCCAACCCUGCCACCACCACCACCACGACAGCCACCAUGGCACCGCCUCCGACAGGGACAGAGAGUGGAGGGCAGGAGCUUCAGCCCGGGUGCCUGGCCCAGGGUGAACAGGGCCUUCACAGCAGCCCUGGGGACAGUCUGAAUCAGAAAGCUCUGCACUGGGAAAGAGGACAGAGGGAGAAAGCUGGGCCUGGCCAGUUGGCCAGGGAACGCCAAGAUGCUGCUGGCUCUGGGGCACCCAAGGUGUCAGGAAGGAAGAAGGGAAAAGAGAGGAGAGGCCGCCCGGGAGAGAAUCGCGCAGCGGAGGAAGACUUUGACGCUUUGGUCUCCGCCGCCAUCAAGGCUGAUAACACCUGUGCAUUCCCCAGGUGCCGAGCCAGCGUGGCGACCUUGGGCCAGCUCUGCCCACACUGCGGUCAGCGCUUCUGCCUCAGCCAUCACAUCCCCGAGGUCCAUGGAUGUGGUGAGAAAGCGCGAGCAUACGCCCGACAGAGGAUUAGCAGAGAGGGGGUCCUAUAUGCCGGCAGCGGGACAAAGAACAAUUCUGCCGACCCUGUGAAGAGGGUCCAUCUCCAGAAGAGGCUGGAUCAAAAGCUCGUGGAGCUGAGCAGCCAGAGGAAAAGCAAAAAAAAGGAUAAGGGCAAGUGAGGAGUGGGGUCUUUGGGGCAGCUCCCCACCCCCAGCAUCCCUCUUGGGCCCCCACCCGCGGAGCGGGCCCCACUGAGGACCCUGGGCAGCGGGUGCUGGCGUUGACGUGGGGCGACAGGGUCCAGCUGGACCUGGGGCGUGUGGGUGUGUGUGGGUGUGUGUGUGGGUAUGU